AUGCGGGGGAUUCGAACCCUCGACCUGAGCAUAAUGCGGGGGAUUCGAACCCUCGACCUGAGCAUAAUGCGGGGGAUUCGAACCCUCGACCUGUGCAUAAUUCGGGGGAUUCGAACCCUCGACCUGAGCACAAUGCGGGGGAUUCGAACCCUCGACCUGAGCAUAAUGCGGGGGAUUCGAACCCUCGAUCUGAGCAUAAUGCGGGGGAUUCGAACCUCGACCUGGGCGCUACAAGCCCACACUGGGUGUCAGCGGGCGCUACAAGCCCACACUGGGUGUCAGCAGGCGCUACAAGCCCACACUGGGUGUCAGCAGGCGCUACAAGCCCACACUGGGUGUCAGCAGGCGCUACAAGCCCACACUGGAUGUCAGCAGGCGCUACAAGCCCACACUGGGUGUCAGCAGGCGCUACAAGCCCACACUGGGUGUCAGCAGGCGCUACAAGCCCACACUGGGUGUCAGCAGGCGCUACAAGCCCACACUGGAUGUCAGCAGGCGCUACAAGCCCACACUGAAUGUCAGCAGGCGCUACAAGCCCACACUGAAUGUCAGCAGGCGCUACAAGCCCACACUGAAUGUCAGCAGGCGCUACAAGCCCACACUGGGUGUCAGCAGGCGUUACAAGCCCUCACUGGGUGUCAGCAGGCGCUACAAGCCCACACUGGGUGUCAGCGGGCGCUACAAGCCCACACUGGGUGUCAGCAGGCGCUACAAGCCCACACUGGGUGUCAGCAGGCGCUACAAGCCCACACUGGGUGUCAGCAGGCGCUACAAGCCCACACUGGGUGUCAGCAGGCGCUACAAGCCCACACUGGGUGUCAGCAGGCGCUACAAGCCCACACUGGAUGUCAGCAGGCGCUACAAGCCCACACUGAAUGUCAGCAGGCGCUACAAGCCCACACUGAAUGUCAGCAGGCGCUACAAGCCCACACUGGGUGUCAGCAGGCGCUACAAGCCCUCACUGGGUGUCAGCAGGCGCUACAAGCCCACACUGGGUGUCAGCGGGAGCUACAAGCCCACACUGGGUGUCAGCAGGCGCUACAAGCCCACACUGGAUGUCAGCAGGCGCUACAAGCCCACACUGAAUGUCAGCAGGCGCUACAAGCCCACACUGAAUGUCAGCAGGCGCUACAAGCCCACACUGAAUGUCAGCAGGCGCUACAAGCCCACACUGAAUGUCAGCAGGCGCUACAAGCCCACACUGGGUGUCAGCAGGCGCUACAAGCCCACACUGAAUGUCAGCAGGCGCUACAAGCCCACACUGGGUGUCAGCAGGCGCUACAAGCCCACACUGAAUGUCAGCAGGCGCUACAAGCCCACACUGGGUGUCAGCAGGCGUUCCUAGCCCACACUGGAUGUCAGCAGGCGCUACAAGCCCACACUGGGUGUCAGCAGGCGCUACAAGCCCACACUGGGUGUCAGCAGGCGCUACAAGCCCACACUGGGUGUCAGCAGGCGCUACAAGCCCACACUGGGUGUCAGCAGGCGCUACAAGCCCACACUGGGUGUCAGCAGGCGCUACAAGCCCACACUGGGUGUCAGCAGGCGCUACAAGCCCACACUGGGUGUCAGCAGGCGCUAUAA